AUGGCCGCGCCAAUACCCCGACAGCUACUGAAUACUUCCUGGACAUUGCAUCGUCUCUCACCUCUCCAUCAUGGCAAGGAGUUUCAGACCCUUCUUAACAAUCCAAUUGCGCUCAAGACAUACGCAAAACGACUCCGGGAUCAUCUCACGGGGGAUAUGAUUGGUGGAAUCAAUACCGGGUUCAAUGAUACAGCUACUACUGACGAUGACGCGCUCUCCAAAACCGGUGCCUUGAAGGAAUGUACCUGGGAGACCAUCUCGGGGUGGUCGUAUUUGGACGAGAAUGCACCUUCAAAUCUCAGCGUCGGGUCAGAUUCAAUUCUAGACCCACCUGACCAUGGUCGGGUGUCGGGUAUUCUCAUAGCCCUGGAGUAUGAAUUCACCAUCUACAAGGCGGCCUUACUUGCACCACCACCACGGUCAGAGGAAAGCGAAGGAUCCGGAAAUCGUCCAGAACGGCGAAGCAGAAGGAAGACUGAAUCUACUUCUACCUCUACCUAUCUCCCACUACUCCUAACAAGAUUCCCGAACCCCCUCCGACAGACCUUCAUCUCAUUUCUAUCCGCCAAUUUCGACACGUAUUGCUCCCUCCUACGUCUUCCGUCGAGUUUCCUCUGCGCGGGACUCGAGACGUAUCUGAACGUACUGAUAUCAGACGGUUCCGCAAUGUCCCAGUCUGUUCUUGAAGAAGUGGUAAAGGAAGUACAGCUUACUUUGAACUUCUCGCCAUCGGUUGCCCCGGCGCUUAGGACGCUCAACAUCGGCGUCCCUCGCGAGACGCUGAUUCACUUUAUCACUAGCGGUGGUCAAGUGGAGUCAGGUGGCAACGUGAGGAAUCCGUUCUUGGGACGUCUUAAUGCCUAUCUUGAGACGCAUCUCGCCAUGAAACUCGACUUGACGGACUUUUCUGAUGGUCAGUCUUUAGUGAGGAAGCAAGUACGACUCUCAAAAGUUGCCUGUGGGGCUUUUGUUCUUGGAACUGAAGGGAAAAUGAAAUUGGUUGCUACUACAAAUCUUGACUCGGCGGGUGACACUUCAAAGGUAAGAGAUAGGGAGCAGCUCAUUCUGCGAGCCAGUGAAGGAUUGCUCCGUGCUGCCAUAUCAAAGGCUAUUGCUGGUGAACGCUAG